AUUAUAGAAUGAAUACUUCAAAAUUUAAUUUUGUAUACAAUUUUUUACAGAGUUUCCAGAAGACAAUGGAAGAAAUCAAUCAGACCUCAGUGGCUGAGUUCAUCCUUGCUGGUUUAACAGAGAAUCCAGAGCUCCAACUGCCUCUAUUCCUUAUCUUCCUAGCAGUCUAUUCAUUUACAGUUGUUGGAAACCUGGGUAUGAUCAUCUUGAUUCUGUUUAGUUCUCAGCUACACACACCCAUGUAUUAUUUACUCAGCAGUCUGUCCUUUAUUGACUGCUGUCAGUCCACUGUCAUUACUCCCAAAAUGCUGCUGAACUUUGUGACAGAGAAGAAUGUCAUCCCGUACCCAGAAUGCAUAGCUCAGUUCUUCUUUUUCUGUGCUUUUGCUGUUUCUGAAUGUCACAUGUUAGCUGCAAUGGCAUAUGACCGCUAUGUGGCUAUAUCUAGCCCUUUGCUUUACAAUGUAACCAUGUCCUAUCAAGUCUGUUCAUUGAUGGUAGUUGUGGUGUAUGGUAUUGGCUUACUCAGUGCCACAGCUCACACAAUCUUCCUAUUAAGAGUGUUCUUCUGUAAGUUUGAUAUAAUAAAUCACUACUUCUGUGAUCUUUUUCCAUUACUGGAGCUCUCUUGCUCUAGUACUUAUAUUAAUGAAGUACUAGCACUCUCCUUCAGUGCAUUUAAUAUUAUUGUACCAGCCAUGACCAUCCUUAGCUCUUAUAUCUUCAUCAUUGUCAGCAUCUUUCACAUUCAAUCCACUGGAGGCAGAGUCAAGGCCUUUCGCACCUGUAGCUCCCAUAUCAUGGCGGUUGCAAUUUUUUUUGGUACUACAGCAUUCAUGUAUCUACAGCCAUCUUCAGUCAACUCCAUGGACCAAGGGAAAGUAGCAUCAGUGUUUUAUACCAUUAUUGUGCCUAUGUUGAAUCCUCUGAUCUACUGCCUGAGAAAUAAAGAUGUCAAAGUUUCUCUUAAAAAGUUACUACAAAAGAUAAGUUUUCUCAAAACAAAAAAAUAGAUUUCCUUAGCAAUAGAAUGGGACAUAUAACUUUGCAAUUUGGGGGUAGAAUAUAAUCUACAAGCAGUCAUUAAUAACUCUAGAUGUGUGACUAU